AUAAUCCUCAAAAAUCUCAACUUUAUCUCUCAAAACACAAAACAAAAAAAAUGGCUUCCACUGCUCUCUCAAGCGCCAUCGUCGGAACUUCAUUCAUCCGUCGUUCCCCAGCUCCCAUCAGUCUCCGUUCCCUUCCAUCAGCCAACACACAAUCCCUCUUUGGUCUCAAAUCAGGCACCGCUCGUGGUGGACGUGUCACAGCCAUGGCUACAUACAAGGUCAAGUUCAUAACCCCUGAAGGUGAGCAAGAGGUUGAGUGUGCCGACGACGUAUACGUUCUUGAUGCUGCUGAGGAAGCUGGAAUCGAUUUGCCAUACUCUUGCCGUGCUGGUUCUUGUUCAAGCUGUGCUGGUAAAGUUGUGUCUGGAUCUGUUGAUCAGUCUGACCAGAGUUUCCUUGAUGAUGAACAGAUUGGUGAAGGGUUUGUUCUCACAUGUGCGGCUUAUCCUACUUCUGAUGUUACCAUUGAAACCCACAAAGAAGAAGACAUUGUUUAAGCUUCACCUACCAGCUUUUGAUGAUUUAAAAAUCAUGUCUUUAUAAAUUUUACAUUUUGGGUUGAGUUUGUUGUUACUAAACUAUUGUUAUCUGU